UCUAUGGACACUUGUCAAUUUGUAAACUGCAUUUUUCUAACCUCACUUCCAAGUGUUGUGUGAACGUUUUGGAGUUACGUUUUUAACUCGCUAAAAUGUCUUUGGCCGACGAAUUAUUGGCUGAUUUGGAAGAAAACGAUCAAGAUGAUUUGGAAGAAGCGAUGGAAGUUGAUGAAAAACCGGACAUCAAAGAAGAAAAACCCGACGUUAAAGACAUCCAGUUAGAGGUAGACACAACUCAAAUAACUUCAGUCCGAGAGUUGUGUAAAUUACGGGACUCGCCCCAUUUACAUGAAAUAUUGAAACAAAUCGAAGACCAUGUGAAGAAGAGCCGAAAAUACCACGACAUCAUAGGACCAGUUGAGUUGGACCCUGAGUAUCAACUGAUCGUCGAAGCUAACAACAUUGCUGCAGAUAUAGACGCGGAAAUUGCCACUGUCCAUAAAUUUGUGCGCGACAAGUACCAGAAGCGGUUCCCCGAGUUGGACUCCCUUGUUGUUGGUCCUUUGGAGUACUUGAAGACCGUCAAAGAGCUCGGGAAUGACUUAGACCAAGCCAAAAAUAAUGAAAUUUUGCAACAAUUCCUAACGCAGGCAACUAUCAUGGUUGUCUCAGUCACGGCAUCCACGACACAGGGGAUUCUCCUAACGGACGUCGAAAAGAAACAAAUCGACGAAGCUUGCGACAUGGCCAUAGACUUGAACAACUUCAAACUGAAAAUUUACGAAUACGUUGAGAGUCGGAUGGCUUUCAUCGCCCCCAACUUGUCGGCGAUUCUUGGGGCUUCGAUCGCCGCCAAGCUCAUGGGGGUUGCCGGGGGUUUGACCCGAUUGUCCAAAAUUCCGGCCUGUAACGUGCAAUUGUUGGGCCAACAGAAGAAGGCAUUGUCUGGAUUUUCACAAGUGAAUAUGUUGCCGCACACUGGUUUCGUUUAUUACGCAGAUAUCGUGCAAAAUACUCCGCCUGAUUUGAGAAGGAAGGCUGCCAGACUUGUUGCCACUAAAUGCACGCUAGCAGCACGUGUGGACUCGUGUCAUGAGAGUAAAGACGGACGUAUUGGGCGGCAAUUACGCGACGAAAUUGAACGAAAACUGGACAAGUUGUUGGAACCACCCCCAGUUAAGUUUAUCAAGCCGCUGCCGAAACCUAUCGACCAGUCCAAGAAGAAAAGGGGCGGGAAAAGAGUCCGCAAAAUGAAAGAGAGAUAUGCGAUGACUGAGUUCAGGAAACAUGCCAAUAGAAUGAACUUCGCUGAUAUUGAAGACGAUGCGUAUCAGGAGGACCUUGGCUACACGAGGGGAACAAUCGGUAAAGCAGGAACCGGUCGUAUCAGACUACCCCAAGUCGACGAAAAAACCAAAGUCAGAAUAUCAAAAACACUACAAAAGAAUUUACAAAAACAGAACGUUUGGGGCGGAAGCACGACUGUCAAAAAACAGAUUUCCGGAACGGCUUCAAGUGUGGCUUUCACGCCACUCCAAGGACUCGAAAUUGUGAAUCCGCAAGCAGCUGAAGUGAAAAUCAACGAUUCAAGCGCGAAAUAUUUCUCAAACACGUCUGGGUUUUUCAAGGUGGAUAAAAACUAAUUCUUUAGUGUAAUGUAUUUAAUUUAAGUAAAAAAAAAACAAAACUAA